UGUUAAUGCGGAAGUGUUGCGCUUGAAAAGACUCGGCGCAUCUAGAAGCGGAGACACAUAAAUGGUCAGGAUGACACAGAAACGUUACCUGGAGGGACAGGUGUACUCCGUACCUCUGAUCCAGCCGGACCUCCGGAGAGAAGAGGCUGUGCAUCAGAUCACUGAGGCUCUGCAGUAUCUGGAAAUCAUAUCAACAGACAUCUUUACCAGGGUGUCCCAGAGCGUGGAGAAGAAUCGUGCACAUCUUCACUCCGUUACGGACCGGAUCAAACUGGCUCAGGCCAGGGUCCAGAAGAUCAAAGGAAGCAAGAAAGCCACAAAGGUAUUCUCCAGCGCCAAAUAUCCCGCUCCUGAGAAACUGCAGGAUUAUUCUUCUAUUUUUGCCGGUGCUGUUGAUCCCGCCUCCCAAAAGCGUCCCCGCUUUAAAGUUGAGAGCAAGCUCCGCCCACUGGAUGACAAGGCCCUACAGGAGAAGUUGAUGUAUUUGCCAGUGUGUGUGAACAGCAAGAAGCGUUCUGAGGAUGUAACAGAAGAAGGUUUGGGAAGUUUGCCGAGAAAUGUGAACUCUGUCAGCUCCUUGUUGCUGUUCAACACAACAGAAAACCUUUAUAAGAAAUAUGUGUUUCUUGACCCUCUGGCGGGCGCUGUGACUAAAACACACAACACACUGGAAACCGAAAAGGAGGACAAACCGUUUGACGCACCGCUGUCAAUCACCAAGAGAGAGCAGCUUGAGAGACAGACUGCAGAGAAUUAUUUUUAUGUACCAGAUCUGGGUCAAGUGCCAGAGAUCGAUGUGCCAUCUUACCUGCCUGACCUACCUGGCAUCGCUGAUGACCUCACGUACAGCGCUGACCUCGGCCCGGGCUUCGCACCAUCCGUUCCUUCCAGCACCAGCAUCCCGGAGCUGCCCUCUUUUGGCACAGAACAUGAUGAAUCUAGUGGAUCCGACUCUCAAUUCCGACUUGAGGCUCCUCCCUCCCCUCCUCCUCCUCCACCACCGCCACCCGCACCGGAGCCCAUCCAUGCGUCAGCCCCGCCCCCUGGAUCGUCUUCAGCCGCACCCCCUCCGCCCCCCCCUCCACCUGCACCAGCCAACACUGCUGAUGCAGGUCAAACUCUACCCGCAGGUACGGUUAAAGGCGCCCCUACUGAAGUGCAGGAUCCGUCGAACGGGCGAGCCAGUCUGCUGGAGUCAAUCCGGAACGCCGGCGGUAUCGGCAAAGCCCAACUCCGCAACGUGAAGGAGCGCAAAAUGGUGAAGAAAAAACAGAAGGAACAAGAGCAAGUCGGGGCAGCGGUCAGUGGUGGAAACCUCAUGUCUGAUCUCUUUAAUAAAUUGGCCAUGCGCAGGAAAGGUAUCUCUGGGAAGGUUCCAGGCGGAGACUCAACAGAAGCAUCCGGCAGCUCGGGCGGAGCAUUUGCCAGGAUGUCAGACGUGAUCCCGCCCCUUCCAGCACCACAGCAACCAGCCGCAGAUGAUGAAGACGACUGGGAGGCGUAACCAUGGCGAUCCAGGGUCUUGACUAUUUCGUAGGACUGGUGUAAAAUCCACGAUAUCGUCUCACUGAGGACAGCGGUGAACGAGUGAUUUUACCAGAUUUACAUUGCUUACGUAUUUUAAAGUUGAAUCUGUGAAUGUACGGAAAUGAUGUUGAGGGAAAAUCCAGUCGGAAAGAAUACACCGAAACUGAUUGAAUUCAUAAAUCCAGUUCAUUUUUUAGUUCUUAUGACUCAAACCCGAGACUCGUGGGUCAUGUGAAAUUGUCACAACUCUUUGGAAAGCUCAACUUCUUUAUUGUUCUGUUAGCUUAACAAUCAGCAAUACAACAACAUGACACAUUUACGAAACUCA